GUUCAGAUUUAUUUAAAACCGGUUUCACUUAUCUUUAAAAUCAGUGUAGUUAUGUAAAAAGGGAUUGAUUAAAAUUCAAAGCCCCAUGUACAGCGAUAAGAUAACAAUAUAUGUUUAUAUUCACCCAAACGCAUUCAAUUGUUUGACAGCGUGUUCAGAAUGCAUUAUAACUAAUGCUUCUAGUUACAUAUUUCGGUCAGAUGUCAGAAAAAGUGUGUUUAAUAAACCGAUUGUUGUCGGAGUACCCAUCUAUUACUUAUAAAGAUUAUUAACGUAACCUUAAUUAUAUCUAGCGGUUAAUUCAUUCAAAACAAAACAAUUUAUAAAGUAGAUGGAUUAUCUUUAGACGACAUGCAGUUUAGGAUUUAGAUAAGAAUCGCCGCUCCAGUUUGAAGUUGUUCCAGAGUAGUGUACGCAAAAAUCAGUAACGUGAGAGGAAGCUACAAUUAAGAAAAUGUUAUUUGAAGACGAUAAUGACUAUAAAAUCAUUGAGGUUAAUGGACUGGCCUUUCCAAUACCAUUUUUCAAAACUGAAGAAGAAAUCCUGCAAAGAUUUCUAUAUGUGAAGAAUUUUCCAUACAAAGCUGGUGAUGUGCUGCUCUGCAGUUGUCCGAAGACAGGCACACACUGGCUAACGAAUCUAUUACAUUAUCUUAUGUACGACGGUCAGUUAGACGACAUGUUGUCCUAUCAACCUUAUCUCGUCGAUUUCCAUGAUAUUGAAGAAGAGGUUCAAAGAAAUGGUCGAAGGAUAAUAUCCUCCCAUUUUCCGCCAAAACAUCUCCCAGUCGAACAUUUUGCAAAAGGCGGGAAAACGAUUCUUCUCUUUAGAAAUCCAAAAGACACAGCUGUUUCGAUGUUUCAUAUGUUGAGAAAACAGAAAAUAUAUGUUAACUUCAAGUUAUCAUGGGACACAUAUUUAAAGUAUUGGCUCGAAGGGAAAAUUCCUAUGGGAUCUUACUUUGAAUACUACAACAGCUGGCAGAAGGAACUCAACAAGAGACCUGAUUUGGAUAUACUAAUUGUACAAUAUGAAGAUCUAAAAAGGGACAGUUUACAUGAAUUACGUCGCAUUAAGAAAUACCUUGGCUUGCAUCACUCUGAUGAACGCCUUAAAGCUGUGUUAAACAAGUGCUCCCUUGAGAAUCUAAAGGCAGAUGUUGACAGUGGGGAAGUAAAAACACGUCUAACUGACGAGAAAGGAAUAUCCAUCCUUUUCAGAAAAGGGAUUAUUGGAGACUGGAAGAACCACUUUACAGUUGCACAAAAUCAAGAAUUUGAAGCAAUAGUAAAUGAGAAAUUGAAGAACAGCAUAUUCAACUAUAAGUUAUGGAAUUAAUAUAGAAUGAUAAUGUUACGGUAAAUUUGACACCGGUUUUCAAAAUACAAAAUGAAAAAUGAAAUAAUUGUUCACAGAUAACAGGCAUCCAAAUUUAUUUCAAAUAAUGUAUAACACACUCUUCUGACAUGCUAUGAUAUCCUACUGUCCUGAGGAGUAGACAGAUUGCUUUGAUGCUAUAUAAGUAACAUACACUUAAUGUUAUUUCUAACCGCAGUCAUGUUAUUAGCUCACCUGUCACGUAGUGACAAGGUGAGCUUUUGUGAUCGCCGUUCUUCCGUCGUCCGUCGGCAUACGUCGGCGUCCGCCCGUCCGUCCACAAUUUCUUGCGAACAUGAUAGAGACCACAUUUUGCAAUUGAUUUUAAUCAAAUUUGCACAAAACUUGUAUUGGCAUAACAUAUCAGUUCCUUUCGAAAUCUGGCCCCUGACUGACCCCUGAAAGAGCCAAAAUUUGUUAGUUUUUACCAUGUGAACACGAUAGAAGUGACAUUUUAUAUUUGAUUUCAUCUACACUUAGAUGCAAUUUAAGUCACAAUAAGAUCUCGGUUCCUUACGAAAACUGGCUAGAUUCCAUCAUUGGUUCUAGAGUUACUGCCCCUAAAAGGGGCAUUUUUUUAUUUUGACCCUUUCAGCCAUAUAGAGGUUACAUUUAUGCUUUGAUUUGAUGCAAACGUGCACAGAACGAUAAUCUUGGUGAUCUCUAGGUCAUCUGGUCAAAUCAAACGGAAAGCUUGUUAAUGCUCUUGUUCAUUUGAUGUGCAUAAAACUUGGUCAAAAUGUUUGUCUGCAUGAAAUAUCAGACGAAUUUUUAUCCGUGUCAUGUAGUGUCAUAAACUAAGUCACCAGGUCAAAUCAAAGGAUAAGCUUGUUUACACUCAGGAGGCAACGGGUUUUGGUCAAAUCUUAAUGAAAAUUGGUCAGCAUAUGUAUCUCUAUGAAAUCACUAGGUUAAACAUGUUUACACUAUUAUUGUAUGUUACUCAGGUGAGCGACCUAGGGCCAUCUUGGAUUUUGUUUGUAACACAUAUAUCAAUAUUUAAAAUAAUACAAUAUUUCAACACAGAUCAGGCUUGGUCUUCCGCCAGAAUAUUUAGCAUUUUCAAGAUUCAAAAACAAAGAACAUCUGCUGCUCUUCUUGGUUAAUUGUCAUCCUUGUGACCAUAGAUCUCAUAAUCAUGUGAAACAAACAUGUAUGAUGUUCAGUCAACGUCGUCUCGAUUGAAAAGACAAAACGAAAUCUAAAUGUAUUUUAUACGCUUCAUUUGUGUUUUUGCAACUGACCAUUGUCCUCGUGUGUUUCUUUUUCCGUUUUGUGUGUUUUACAUGUCUGUGUUUGUUGUGUACGUGACAGUGUGCUGAGAGUUGCAGUUUGUUUGGGGAGGCUACGUUUCUUUUAGUAGUUUUGAUUUUGUUUUCUGUUUGAUAUUUAUUUUUGCCUGUUACAAUUUUUGUGGGUAUUUGUAUGUCUAAAAUCCUGAUAUUAAAUAAAGUUUUAAAAAGC